CUGUUUCUCUGAGCUGUGAGGAUGAAGACAGAUCUGCUGGAUGGACUCUGAGGAGAAACACCACCAGAGAAACCAGAACUGUAUGUGGAAAUGACUUCGGAAAAUGGUCUGGUUCUACCUGUAACAUCGACUUCAUGAUUCAGUUUGACAGUGGAGUUUACUGGUGUGAGUCCAUGGAGGCAGCAGCCAGUCAGAGCAUCAACCUCACUGUUUCUGGUGGAUCAGUGAUCCUGCAGAGUCCUGUCCUCCCUGUGAUGGAGGGAGAUCCCCUCACUCUGAGCUGUCAAUCAAACCAGGACUCCCCCCUCCCAGCUGUUUUCUAUAAAGAUGGCUCCCUCAUCAGGACUGAGCCCGGAGGUCACAUGACCAUCCUCCAUGUUUCCAGGUCUGAUGAAGGCCUCUACAGGUGUAACAUCAGCAGUCAUGGAGAGUCUCCAUCCAGCUGGAUCUCUGUCACAGUUCUGCUCUCACUGAUGAGCUGCAGAACAAACCAGGUGAAGCUGAACCUGAGUCCCAACAGAUCUCAGUUUUUUAGAGGAGAUUCUGUUUCUCUGAGCUGUGAGGAUGAAGACAGAUCUGCUGGAUGGACUCUGAGGAGAAACACCACCAGAAGAACCAGAACUCAGUGUGGAGAUGGAUGGGGAAGACCAUCUGGUUCCAGCUGUAACUUCAGUGUGUUAGUUCCAGGUGACAGUGGAGUUUACUGGUGUGAGUCCAUGGAGGCAGCAGCCAGUCAGAGCAUCAACCUCACUGUUUCUGGUGGAUCAGUGAUCCUGCAGAGUCCUGUCCUCCCUGUGAUGGAGGGAGAUCCCCUCACUCUGAGCUGUCAAUCAAACCAGGACUCCCCCCUCCCAGCUGUUUUCUAUAAAGAUGGCUCCCUCAUCAGGACUGAGCCCGGAGGUCACAUGACCAUCCUCCAUGUUUCCAGGUCUGAUGAAGGCCUCUACAGGUGUAACACCAGCAGUCAUGGAGAGUCUCCAUCCAGCUGGAUCUCUGUCACAGUUCUGCUCUCACUGAUGAGCUGCAGAACAAACCAGGUGAAGCUGAACCUGAGUCCCAACAGAUCUCAGUUUUUUAGAGGAGAUUCUGUUUCUCUGAGCUGUGAGGAUGAAGACAGAUCUGCUGGAUGGACUCUGAGGAGAAACACCACCAGAAGAACCAGAACUCAGUGUGGAGAUGGAUGGGGAAGACCAUCUGGUUCCAGCUGUAACAUCAGUGUGUUAGUUCCAGGUGACAGUGGAGUUUACUGGUGUGAGUCCAUGGAGGCAGCAGCCAGUCAGAGCAUCAACCUCACUGUUUCUGGUGGAUCAGUGAUCCUGCAGAGUCCUGUCCUCCCUGUGAUGGAGGGAGAUCCCCUCACUCUGAGCUGUCAAUCAAACCAGGACUCCCCCCUCCCAGCUGUUUUCUAUAAAGAUGGCUCCCUCAUCAGGACUGAGCCCGGAGGUCACAUGACCAUCCUCCAUGUUUCCAGGUCUGAUGAAGGCCUCUACAGGUGUAACAUCAGCAGUCAUGGAGAGUCUCCAUCCAGCUGGAUCUCUGUCACAGUUCUGCUCUCACUGAUGAGCUGCAGAACAAACCAGGUGAAGCUGAACCUGAGUCCCAACAGAUCUCAGUUCUUUGAAGGAGAGUCUGUUUCUCUGAGCUGUGAGGAUGAAGACAGAUCUGCUGGAUGGACUCUGAGGAGAAACACCACCAGAAGAACCAGAACUCAGUGUGGAGAUGGAUGGGGAAGACCAUCUGGUUCCAGCUGUACCAUCAGCAACAUGUUUCCACAUGACAGUGGAGUUUACUGGUGUGAGUCCAUGGAGGCAGCAGCCAGUCAGAGCAUCAACCUCACUGUUUCUGGUGGAUCAGUGAUCCUGCAGAGUCCUGUCCUCCCUGUGAUGGAGGGAGAUCCCCUCACUCUGAGCUGUCAAUCAAAGCAGGACUCCCCCCUCCCAGCUGCUUUCUAUAAAGAUGGCUCCCUCAUCAGGACUGAGCCCGGAGGUCACAUGACCAUCCUCCAUGUUUCCAGGUCUGAUGAAGGCCUCUACAGGUGUAACAUCAGCAGUCAUGGAGAGUCUCCAUCCAGCUGGAUCUCUGUCACAGGGAAACCCACAACCACCUCUACUCCUACAUCCACCUCUACUCCUGGUUCUCCUGGUUCUCCUCUUCCUGUGGUCCUGUCUGUAACAUGCUUUAUUCUGCUGGUUCUCCUGGUUUUACUGGUUCUACUGGUUCUACUGGUGAGACGUCGUGUUCUCAGGAGACCUAAAGCUGAUGGAGGAGAAGCUGGAGGAGAUGACAUCACAUACAGUGACAUCAGAGUAUUACAUCAUCAACAGCAGCCAAUCAGACGGAGCAGAGAGAGCGAUCCAGCUGCAGUCUACUCGGCAGUGAAAGGAAGAGAAGACGUCACUUAUGGACAGAUGGUCUUCAAAGACGGUGGAGGCCGAUCAAAGAGCAGAGAGAGCGAUCCAGCUGCUGUCUACUCGGCAGUGAAAGGAAGAGAAGACGUCACUUAUGGACAGAUGGUCUUCAAAGACGGUGGAGGCCGAUCAAAGAUCAGAGCCAGCGAUCUAGCUGCAGUUUACUCAGCAGUGAGAACAGAAGAAACCAGCUAUGGACAAAUAGUCAUCAGACCAAACAGGAGCAGAGAGUUUCCACUGGAGCCUCAGGUCAUCUACUCAUCACUGAAGUAGUCCACCAGUCCAACCAGUGAGCUGCUGACCUCUAACUGGUCCACACAGCCAGUCACAACACAGUACAUUCACUUUUUAUGGAGAUUUUUAAAUGUUCUCACUCAAUUAGAUUCAUACAAAAGAGUGAAGAAGCUGCAGAAACUAAAAGACUAAAACCAGAACAUCUUAAAUGUCUCCUGUUGAACAGAAUGUAAUGGUAACUAGUGAUUCUGUGUUCUGUUAUUAAUAUCUUAUUUAUGCAGCAGCGAUCAGGUUUCUCUGCAGGAUCAAUAGUUUGCUUGAUGUUCUUCUCAUGUGGCUCUGUGGGUUUCAGAGAUGUUGGAUGGAAAAUUUGACUGGUUCUGGUUGGUUGUGGCUAACCAAUGUGUGUGUCUGUUCAGUGUAGAUAGCAAAGAACAAACGUACAGAAACCACAACCGCAGACUAUAAACAGCAUCCUCUACUGAAAACUCUGUACAAAAGUGCCCCUCCCUUUUUUUUUUUUUUUUUUACAGAAGGUGUGUUUAAAAAGCAUGUUUAGUUCAGAAGCUGUUCAAACUGAGAACGUUCCUGUCAAGAGAAGUCGUAAAUGAGCUUCUUAUCAUGUAUAAAAUAUCCGGGAUAAAAUAAAACAACACUGAGCAGUUUGAUGUUUGUGGUUUUGUUGUGAGGUCUGUUGAGCUCAUUAUCAGGACGUCUGCUUCAGUCAUCCUGAGAACAUUCAGAGACAUCAGCAUCUCAGCUUUCACACAUUUAUUCCAGUUGAUUUACUGUGAUCCUCACAGACUAGUAGAAAAGAGCAUCAUCUGCAUAGAAUGAAACAGUGAAUUAAACAGUUGGACA